AUGGAGAUUGGAAUAAUGAAGGUGAGGCUGGUGAGUGCUAAAGGUCUCAAACGCUCUCAUUUCCUAGGAGGAAUGGAUCCAUACGUCGUGGUUCAAUAUAGAAAUCAAGAGAGCAAGAGCAGCAUUGCAAAAGGGCAAGGUCGCAACCCAAAAUGGAAUGAGAAGUUUAAGUAUAGUGUCGAUUAUCCAGUGGCUGAUGAGCAGCACAAACUCGUGCUCAAGAUUAUGGAUCACAAUACUUACAGUGCAGAUGACUAUCUCGGUGAGGCAAAGAUCUAUGUGACAGAACUUAUAGAAUUAGGAGUGGAGAAAGGAAAGGCUAAACUUCGACCUCAGAAAUACAGAGUUGUAGACACCAACCUAACUUAUUGCGGAGAGAUUCAAGUUGGAAUUAAAUUUGGUGUAAAGAAAGAAAGUGUUGAAGAAAAAUACUUUAAAAAAUCUUCACGAAGAUACUUGGACGAUGAAGAACGAACCACCAAAAGAAUCAAACUGAUCCGUUGGAGCAAGAAGAAUGAAGAAGAAGAAGAAGAAAAAUAUGUACAGGCUGGAAUCAAGAAAAGGAACUUUCUAAAAAUGUGA